AUGUCGAAUUUCACAAGUUUUGUGGACUACGACAGCGAAAAAAAGCCGUCAAUAGCGGUUUCGACGCAUUUCGCAACAAGUGCCACGUCAUCAGAAUGCGUCGCAAAAAAGCCGAUAAAUUUGUUGGCGAGUAAGUGCGCUCCACUGAGAUUAUUGCUUUAUGACGGUUUUACAGACGAAAUCGAGAGUUAUUCGUGCGAAAAUGUCUCGUUUUCGAUGCAAUUCGGCGAGUCCGAACAGGGAAAAGUGGUGUGCACGAAGGUGCGAGUACGAUUUGAGCCGCUGGUGCCGAAAGAACGGGACCUGCCCCAGCGGUCCAAGUAUUUCGACAAUUUCUACGAUGUUCCGCUGACGGCGAUCGCCAAAAUCGAAGUGGCGAUUGUGAAAAGUAGCAACAAGGGAAAACCGGACAAAUUCCAACGAAUGGAGUACAAUUUGUCGUCGAUGGAAACCGUUUCGAUCAUUAAACUGAUACUGAAGGACAUGCGAGUGGUGACUGUCGAUCUGAGAAGGUCCCAGAACGGCACCGCCCUCGCCAAUCAGAUCCUCUUCUUCGCCAAGAGCGGUCCCAUCGAGAAGAUGGUCCAAGUCGGCGCGGCAAUGGACGAAAAGGGACGGAAGGCGAAGAGUGAGUCGACACUCUAUUUACGUACUUUAAAGUGAUUGUUAUGUUCGAAAAUGAUUUAAAAAACACACAUUUUGAGAGUUACAACAGAACAACUAAAAAUUACUUCGCGGCGAUUGCAGAGAAAUGCGCCCAUAAUAAGUGUGACGAUUUCAGUUCCGUACAAUGGAUACGAUGCGUGGUACUCGGAACUGCAAAGAUGUCAGCAGAAAACGGACUCAUCUUCGAAUUGGACAAUCUGUGCACUGCACAAGGAGGGAUUCAACUACGCCGCUCAGGGGUGAGCAUAUUAUACUGUCCUUAGUGCGAAGAAGGAGUAUCAUUAUCAUGUCUAGCGAGAUUAAACACACCUGUUUCCUCAGAUAUCCGAUGUACGUGGUCGUCUCGAACUAUCUCUCGCGAACGGACAUCGAACGACAACUGCAGCACUACAAACAGGGACGACUUCCGAUUUGGGUCUGGUCACGAUCGAACGGAAACGCCUCUUUGCUCAUUUCCGCCGAGCACGAGAACAACGUGGCGACGCCCGAGAUUCUGGCAAAGUUUGAUUUCUUUAAGGUUCUCUUAUUCUCACCGUUACCUGUUCAGAAUGCAGGACAGCAUCGCGCGUUGCCAUCCGUCGUCGGAAAAACCGCACGUGAUAAGGAUGGACGCGGACUUUGUCGCGAACGUCGGAAAAGCAUUCGAUCAUCUGUUGUCCCUCUGCGCCAUUGGUUUGUUGGCCAUUUUUUGCAUUCAAAUGGAACUGUCCCUUUUGCAGAUUCGUACGAGCAGUACGUGUCGCGAGAGCACAAUUGGAGCACAAAACUGCACAGAACCGGAUGGCUGCACCUCGUCAAAUCGUGCCUUCUCACCACCUUCGAGACGGUCCGAUGGAUCGUCGACCGGGAUCGAUCGGUCAUUUUGCAAGAGGAGGAGGGCCGCGAUCUGUCGAUUGUGGUGGCGAGUCUCACGCAAAUCUGCUGCGAUCCAUUCUACCGGACGACCACCGGUCUGCAGCAGCUCAUCGAAAAGAUGUGGAUCGCACUGGGCCAUCCGUUCGGCGAACGCCUUCUCGGACGCGACGACGAUGCGACGAGACGAGGGAAGGCGCCGACGAGAGCGGCUUCCGCGCGGACCGACGUCGCGCCGACGUGGCUUCUGUUUCUGGAUUGCGUCGCGCAAUUGCACAGAAUCUACACUUUCGAGUAAGGGAGAAAUGCGACGAGACUGGGGGGAAUUGUGGUAAACAAAUGAGAAGGGCACAUGAUGAAAAGGGGGUGGAGACGGGAAGAGAAAAGGUGUUUGUUUUUGACAAAGUGUUAGGCAAAAGUGAAUUAUGGACAGAAUACGACGAAAAGGCGAAAAACGUACAUGAAAGUGAGAAGACGGAGAAAUCUCUGCAAAUAUGAAAGGCCGACGGGCACCACCUGCUGUGCGAUUCACUUUCUGUGGCUGACAUCAUCUGUACAUCGUACGAUUUCAGAUUCACGUUCUCGCCGCACGUGCUCAUCGCCCUCUGGGACCUCUCGCUGACCGGAAUGGUGCCGGCGAUGACGUGCAAUAACCUGGAGGAGCAGUUGUGCUCGCAAGUCGGCGGCGGACCGUUCCCGCUGGAUAGAUACUUCGAGAAGGCGUACUCGAGAAUGUUCGGCAACAUUUGGCACGACUCUGUGCUGUUCUUGGAGUCCGUCAAGAAAAGUUUGUCUGCGCAUCGCUUUCGGGGAACCGAAUGAACAUUUUCAGAUCAACCGAUCUGCUCCAACUCGAAGUUCCUGCAAUGCGAGUUCAUCCGUCCGCCCACCAGUUUCUGCGACAUCCAUCUGUGGUCGGACUGCUACCUCCGAUGGAUCCUUCCGGCGAACGGAAGAAGUUCGGGAGCACCUUCCGAAGAGGCGGCGCUCGACGAAAAAAUGAUCGAAUUAGCGAGGAGGGUGAGGAGUUGCGAAUGGAAAAAACACGUGGAAUUGCCGGAAGAGGUACCGAGAAUCUCUACAACCCUGAAAGAUCUGCUACUAUUUGUUACAGUUUUCCUCGGCGUUCCCGUACUCGAUUCCCGAAAUUUGUCGUCCGAUCAUUGAUCUCCAUGAUUCGGACUUAGAGAGACCGACCGAUUUAGACGCGAUCUCGAUCAACUCCUCGUUCAAUUCCUUGUCAUUCACACAGACAGUACGCACAUCUUCUCUUCAAUUUAAAUGAAUAGUCGUCAUCUGGUUUCAGCCGGUCAACAACACGACAACCGAAUCCAUAUUCGAUCAGUCCACUCUGGACAAACGGAACCGUGCGUACGGCAUGGAGUCUCCGAUGAUUAGCAUGCGACCGAAGGAGCAAAUCGUCGGAUUCUCCAAAUACGCGUUCGAUGAGCGCAGAAUGACCGAAACCCCAAUACUAGGACAGGUGAGGCAAAGACUUCAAUGAAAAUUUCUCAAACGUUGAAUUGCAGUCCCCGCAGGCCGCCUCCACUCCGAACCGCCCGACACCCGCGCGCCGGAGCAACACGGUCCGCGCGGACAACCGCCCGGUGCCGCCUCCGCGUCCCGCCGGCCUUUCCGCCCAUCCGGAACCGAUCCUUCGCGUUCGCAUCGAGCAGGAGGAGACGAGUCCGACAGUUACACGCUUCUAG